CUGGCAACCCUAUCUGUCAGAGGAAAACCAGAAGAGCAGUUGUUAGCCUAAAUAUGUGCAAGUGGAUUCAAAAUACUCUGAUCGAUUGAUCACCAACAAUAGGAUAUGUGAGUGCAUUGUGCAGCGGCCAUUAAAAAAACUAAAUUAUUUAAUAACUUAUAUCGUGCACAACCUACCACGUCGUUUCACAGUUAGCUAACUAUCCCUAGCUAAUUUAGCUAGCUAGCUAGCUACGCACUUCAGAGCCGAUAUUACAGUGACGGUUUGGAAUAUUCCGAUGGCAGAUGACUUCUGACCCCUGCAUUAUCCACCUUGAGACCAUGUUCAAUGAUUUACUCUAAAGCCAUGUCUCUAAGGAAUAUUACUGGGGAUAUUUUGCAUAGGCAAAUCCGGGAAAACAAAGCUCUGGCCUUCCAGAGACAGUUCCAUGUGACUGACCCCUUUAUAAAACGACUCGGCCUAGAGGCUGAGCUCCAGGGCCACUCUGGGUGUGUUAACUGUCUGGAAUGGAACGAGAGAGGAGACCUGCUGGCCUCUGGGUCUGAUGACCAGCAUGCCAUUGUGUGGGACCCCCUUAGACACAAGAAGCUCAUAACUAUGCACACGGGACAUGCAGCUAACAUCUUCUCAGUGAAGUUCCUGCCCCACUCUGGAGACCGGAUACUGGUUACCGGAGCUGCAGACACUAAAGUGCAUGUCCAUGACCUGACUGCCAAGGAGACAAUCCACAUGUUCUCUGACCACACCAACCGGGUCAAACGCAUUGCCACUGCCCCCAUGUGGCCCAACACCUUUUGGAGUGCUGCGGAGGACGGGGUCAUCAGGCAGUAUGACCUGAGGGAGAGUAGCAAGCGUUCCGAGGUUCUCAUCGAUCUGACCGAGUACUGCGGGCAGUUGGUCGAGGCCAAGUGUCUGGCGGUGAACCCACGCGACAACAACUAUUUGGCAGUGGGAGCCAACGGUCCCUUUGUGCGGCUCUAUGACAUCCGGAUGAUCCACAACCACAGGAAGUCACUGAGUCACAACACAUCUGCGGGAGUGCACACGUUCUGUGAUAAACAGAAGCCCAUCCCAGAUGGGGCAGGGCAGUAUUAUGUGGCAGGUCACCUACCAGUGAAGCUUCCAGACUACAAUAACCGGUUGCGGGUGCUGGUGGCUACCUACGUCACCUUUAGCCCAGAUGGUACGGAGCUGCUAGUGAACAUGGGUGGAGAGCAGGUGUAUUUGUUUGAUUUGACGUUUAAACAAAGGCCAUACACGUUUUUGUUGCCCAAGAAGUGCCAUUCUUCAUCAGAGGUGCAGAAUGGUAAAACCACCAACGGCAUGUCUAAUGGACUUCACCUUCCUGCCAGUCGCCUCAAACUAGCCAGCAGCAAAGCUUUGAGUAGUUCGACUGAGCUGCCUCCUCAUCUGGAACGGAUCAAGCAGCAGGCUAACGAUGCGUUUGCGCGGCAGCAGUGGACUCAGGCCAUCCAGCUGUACAGCCUUGGCAUCCACGCAGCCACCCACAACGCCAUGCUGUACGGAAACCGCGCUGCCGCCUACAUGAAGCGCAAGUGGGAUGGAGACCAUUACGAUGCUCUGCGGGACUGUCUGAAGGCACUGGCAUUGAACCCGGGCCACCUGAAGGCACACUUCCGCCUGGCACGCUGCCUCUUUGAGCUGAAGUACGUGGCCGAGGCUCUGGAGUGCCUGGACGACUUCAAGGGCAAAUUCCCUGAGCAGGCGCACAGCAGCGCCUGCAAUGCACUCGACAAGGACAUCAAAGCCGCCCUAUUCUCUAAAACAGACUCCUCGGAUGACAAGAAAGGAAACAGCUCGAUCCGCUUCCAUAAUUUCAGCCGGAAGGAGUCUAUUCCUGAGGAUGAGAUCAUUCUGAGAGAGCGUAGCUUCGACUACAAGCAUCGCUACUGUGGCCACUGCAACACCACCACGGAUAUCAAAGAGGCUAACUUCUUUGGAAGUAAAGGCCAGUACAUCGUCAGUGGCUCAGACGAUGGUUCUUUCUUCAUCUGGGAGAAGGAGACGACCAACCUGGUGCGGAUUCUACAAGGAGAUGAGUCCAUCGUGAACUGCCUACAACCUCACCCCAGCUACUGUUUCCUGGCGACAAGUGGCAUCGACCCUGUAGUGCGGCUGUGGAAUCCCAGACCAGAGACGGAGAAGGAGAAUGGGCGUGUUGUGGAGGAUAUGGAGGGGGCGGCCCAGGCCAACCAGCGGCGCAUGAAUGCAGACCCCCUGGAGGUGAUGCUGUUGAACAUGGGCUACCGCAUUACGGGUCUGAACAGCCGUGGUCCAGACGCCUCCGACGAUGAGGACAGCUCUGAGGGCCAGGUGCAGUGCCGCCCCAGCUAGGACACCCUCCACCUUCCACUCCCACCCCUCACGCCAUCCAGCAGUGUGUGCGUGCUUGCGAGCGUGUGUGUGUAUUUUUGUGAGGAGGGGAACGCACCAUAGAUAUUUUGUUUCUUCAGUAGCCUCCUCUGAUCGAGCACAGCGCUGAGUGAAUAUUAUGGCUCUGCACUGCACGCCGCCCCCCUGGGAGAAGAAUGGAGAACAGCAGGCUGGUGAUGGGUUCUCUCCCUGAGGAGGAGCCUGCAGCAACCCCCACCCCAACCCCCACCUUCCUGCAUCCUCCUUCAGCUGCAGGCAGUGAUGAAAUCCACUCUUCAUUAAGCUACAGUCAAGUCAAAGCACUUAAACCUCACCCUGGACAGAAACACUUUGGCAGGGUUGUGGCUGGGGGUGUGGGGGGUUGAACUCUGCUCGGUCCCUGAUGUGACCUACUCUCAGGUCUCAGCUUGGUCCCAAAGCCGGCACCUCUGCAGUGCUGCCUCCAGGGCCGCUCGCUUCGUUUGCUUUCGGAUUUAGGGCUUGCUGUGGGCAGCCACCUGCCUGUGUAUGCCCUCAGCUGCAUCGCACACUGAUGUUCCAGUUUGCUUCCUGCUCCGAAGCCAAGAAGCGCUUUGCUGCCGAGAGCUGCAGUGAGGAAGAGCCAGCAGAAUGGUUUGAGUGCUACUCAGAGAACUCCUGUUGAACUCCAGACUGCAGCAUUUUGGUUUUGAAUCCAUCCCAGAGAAAAAAUAAGAUGUGUUGUGUUUCUAAAAUGUUCGUUAAGUGGAAAGUUAACUGGGAGCUUUUGAGAUUCUGGUGAUGAGUGUUUCAUGUCACCUGUCAGAUUGUCUAAGUUAAUAUCAGGAGUUUUGUAUGUUUCUUAUUUUUGCAAUACAUUAUCAGAGUUCAAAGAUGUAUAUGCAGAUUAUUGUUUUUUUUCACAUAGACAUGAUGAAAUAGCUACAUAAAUACACAAAAGGGGAUGCUGACAUAUCAGAAAAAUCCCCACCAGCUGCCAUACAGCUCUCUAGACACACAAACGUAAAAGAACUGAAAUGAACCCAGCUAUCUACAUUGCUUUAGCAAUGCACAAGAUUAGGCCAUGCUGCUAUUCUGGCCAAAUGCUAAAAAAUUUGGGGGAGAAAAUAGCUAAUUAUGACUUAUCAGCAUUGCUGUACCUUCUCAUGCCUCAAAGCCAGAGACAAACUGACCUUAUGGUUCUUGUGGCAUUUGGGGGCACUGGUAUAAGCACUUUUAAGCUUCCUCAUGGGUUUUGGGCCCCCUCUGAAUGCUUGUUUUUGUAGAUGUUUGAUAUGGGGGCCUGCAUCAGCAUAUGUCUUUCUACAGUGGUUUUCAAAGAGAGGAAGUUAAGCAGCAGUUUUCACUGCCUUCUCAACCCUGACCCUAGCUCAUACUUUGCUUCGCUACAGCUAGGCUUCAAACUUAUCAGUUUGGUGGGGAGCAUUAAACUGAAUGACUGAAUUCUCUAACACUAGGCUGCCAUAUGUAUUUAUUUGGGUGAGGUUCUCAUUGUUUAUUUUUCUUUGGAGAAUUCAGUAACUAAGUUUGCUGCAAGAAUAAACAAAUGAUUAAAACUG